AUUAAAGCUAUUGGAUAUGAAAAUAUUUUUGAUUAUCCUAAUAAAGUAUUAUUAACUAAAGAAAUAAAUGAAGAUUUUAAUUUUGAAGGAAGAGUGAUUCAUUUUGCUAAUGAUUUAACAGCAAUAUAG